AUGCGUGUGCCCAAUUUUCCCUCAAAAUUGGGAGGAGAGAGCGUGCAGCUUGGAUUGGAUCUCAAAAGUCAAGGUUUUGUCGAAGAAAAGGGAAUGUUGAUUAACUCAAAAUCCCACACGAACCCCCAUUGGAGAGGCCCAGUCAGUGGACAACUUCUGACUGAUCGUUGCAUGAUUCUUGUCGACGGUGUCAGUCCAUUCUGGAGCCUUGUGUCCAGCUGUGUCCAGCAAGAGCUCAAAUCGCUUAAAUGUCGCCCCGGAAAGCCACGCUAUCCCAUCAGCCUACCGAUGCCAUGGGGAAAUCACGGUCAUCAC